AUGUCCCAAGAUAGGGAUAUCUCCCAGAAUGCACCCAACAGCUCAAGAUUUCAAGUGUCUAAGUUCAUCCUGAUGGGGCUUCCAUGCAUUCAUGAAUGGCAGCUCUGGCUUUCCCUGCUCCUGGCUCUGAGUGUCUUAGCUCUUGGUGCCAACAUUCUUAUUGUGAUCACUGUUCACCAUAAGCAUAACCUAGAGCCCAUGUAUCAAUUCCUUAGUGUCUUGGUUAUAGUGGACAUUGGCUUGGCUAAAAUCAUCAUGCCCAAGAUUCUGGCCAUAUUCUGGUUUGAUGUCAAGGCCAUUAGCUUCCCUGAGUGCUUUACUCAAAUUUAUGCUGUUCAUUGUUUAAUUAGCAUGGAGUCAGGCAUCUUCUUCUGCAUGGCUGUGGAUAGAUAUGUAGCCAUCUGCACUCCACUUAAAUACUCCUCCAUAGUUACUGAAGCUUUUGUGGUAAGCACAGUGUUCAUGGUGCUUAGGAAUGUACUGCUGACCAUCCCAGUGCCUACUGCCCGGAGACACUAUUGCUCCAGGAAUGAAAUUGAGCACUGCAUGUGCUCCAACCCAGGGGUUACUGGCUUGGCCCAUGAUGAUAUUACCAUUAAUAUGUUCUAUCAAUUGGCUUUGGCAUGUGUCCUGGGUAGAAGUAGCAAGGUUCUAGUCUUUAUUUCCUAUGCUCUAAUCUUUCGUUCUGUGCUGGCGCUGCACUCUACUGAGGCAAUAAUCAAGGCUCUGAGCACCUGCCGUUCCUAUCUCAUCUUCAUCUUCUUUUUCUACACAGUCAUUGUGAUGGUAUCUAUAGCUCAUCUGGCUGGAAAAGCAGUUCCCAUCUUCCCUGUUCUUCUAAAUGUGCUCAACAUUGUCAUUUCCCCAGCCCUCAACCCCAUGGUAUAUGCUCUUAGGGCUCAGGGGUUAAGAGUAGGCUUCUGGAGGGUAUUUGAGUUAGAAAGGAACAUGUCCCCAAAAUGA